AAACUGUCCACGUUGGGCUGUCGAAGGCAGACGCCGGUUAAUAUUCACAGCUGGAGAUCGAAAAUAGAAAACCACAGCGCACUGUUUUAAUUCAGAAAGGAUAGGAACGCAAACAUGAAAUGAGACCAAGAUGCAUCAUAACUUCAAGAAAGAAAAUGAGAAUUUUGUUAUGUAUUUUUAUUCUUUAUCAAAUAUCGGACAAUGACAGUUAUAAAUGUCAAGCUAAAACGGUAGCGGGGGUAUUUUCUUCAGUAGCUGCACAGAGAGGAUGGGGGAUGUACGUGACAACGUUUUGUUUUCACGGGAAUGCCUUGAUAAAUUACACCUUGGAGGCUGAAGAGGGUACAUUAGAAGAGUUUAAACCACAGUUGUUACUCUUCACAAAACAAGACUUAGAAGAUCUGGAGGAGGAAGACUGUUCAGAAAAACUCAGCAGGGCUUCAUUUACUUUUGAGCUGAGAAAUACUACAGGAAACCUGAGUGUUAAUGCCCCGACCAACCCACACUUGUACCAUGUCAUGUAUGGGGACCAGUUAACCUGUCUGGAUACAGACUCAAAUGAGGACUCAGAUUCCAGUAUGUUCAAGUUCAGAAUCCAGUUGCUAAAUCCAGACAGUCUGGGAAAUCCAACUGAACACUUUGGAGAUGAUGAAACUGGUCUCUUGCGGUUCUAUCAGCUGUUGACCCUGGCGUACUUUGUACUAGGCUGUAUAUUUGCUCCGCGACUCUACGAGACUCUGAGUAAGGGGGGACCCAUGCAGCUUGUGAUUAUACUUCUUACUGUCUCAACUUGUCUACAGGCCACGGGGACAUUUAUCAUGAUGAUACACCUGGCCAGAUAUUCCAAGGAUGGAAUGGGAUCUGCAGCCAUUGAGUUCUUUGCAGAGUUCUUUGAUGUGUUAUCCCAGUUUGCUAUGCUGUACAUGCUCCUGAGUCUCAGUCUGGGCUGGACACUGGGCACCUCCUACAGAUUUGCACACCUACAGAUGGUCAGUCGUAAACCAGCAGCUAAAGUUGUAGGUGUACUUGGAAUUGUUCAGGCUGUUUUGUUUGUUUGGGAGCAGAUUCAGGACAGUGACCACAGGAUGUACCAUGCACAUCGCAGCUUUGCGGGAAUAGCCCUAGUCAUUUUGCGGAUCCUGCUGGCAGCUUUAUUUGCAUGGAAUCUGAAUGUAACUGUGUCUUCAGAACGCAGCGCUCUACGACGAGAAUUUUAUAAAUCAUUUACAAAGAGCUGUAUGCUUUGGUUUUUAUGCUAUCCACUUUUAGUUGUCCUGUCCUGGAUAUUCUAUGAAUAUCUUCGUUAUAAGCUAAUCACUAUGGGCGUGGUCUUAUGUCAGUGCUGUGCUGUGGGCAUGUUGUACAAAUUGUUCUUCUCUAGAAGCCUCUACUGGGAAAUAUCUGCACUCUCCAGCACACUUCCACUGAGAAUGGACAGAACUUUAGGACAUAAACUGUACUCCUGACCAAUCUUUUGGUCAUUCACUGUAGUCCUUAUCAAACUUCAGGACAUAGAUUGUAUUUUUGUCAGGUUUUGUGCUUGAAUUUUUUUUAAUAUGUGCCUGUAUUUAUUGCAUUAAAGAGAGAAAUUUUUGGUCAAGGGCUUUGGGUAGCAUUUUUCUUUCAAAAAAUGAAGCUUAAUGCACUUCACAUUUCUUUCUUAAUGUUUUUGUGCUUUGUUAUAAAAUUACAUACCUGAUCAGAUACAUGUGUAUCAAAUGCUUAUUUAAAAUUUGAGAACAGCAGUCUGCCAAAUACAAAUUGAAAUAUAUUUUGAUACAUGUACAUGUAUACAAUGAUGUGCACACUUAAUUAUGCAUUAAAAAAGAAUCAUAUUACUUUUCUACAUGAAAUGGGUAAAACUUGAAGUGCAUAGUAUCUGUAAAUUAAUGUUGCUUAAAAUUUCAUUAAUGGCAUGCAUCUAAUUUAUAUUUAAUACUCAAAGUAGAUCAGAAUAUAGUAUACUUGCAUGUCAAAUUUGAACAAAAUGUGAAUGUGAGUAUCACAAGAUACAUUGUCUGGUUAUAUAUUUAUACCCCAGCCGAACUAAAUUGAGUAUAUGUAUAAAAGAAAGAAGAAUUAAAUUGGUUGUAGGAAGUGCAUGGAUUCAUUAUACAUUUUCAUGACUUGUUUUUGCACUCACUGCUCAUAAGAGUGUCUUUAUAAUGUUACAUGACUUUUAUGAUACUGUAUACAGUACUGUGCACUAGAAUACAUUUUUAUUUUCACUGUCAUCCAAAAGUGGCAGAUUUGAAAACUCAGCUUAUUAAAGGUGAAAUGCUGUAAUUACGGAUUUACAAUUACAUGUAUUAGUUGAAUGUUGAAUUUGCAUUAGCAAAAUUUAAGUUAGUUGACACUGGUUUUCUGUUUGCAUGAAUUUUAUUUCAUUUAUUUUGUAAGUUGCCAAAACAAGAAAUCAUGCCUUUUAAAAUUCUUUGUUUACAUGGUUAGGAUAAAGUCUGUGUAUUGAAACAUGUUGAAUGGUAAACCUGACAUAAGUGUGUUUUCUUGUAAAAUUUGCAUGGCUGUUGAAUGGAGUGUUUAUGUACAAUUUUUUGUACAUGUAUCUACAUGUGCAUUAUAAACAUUUAUAUGAAGUGAGGUAUACUAAAAAAUUGUACGUUUGCUACUAAAAGGGCUUGUAGUUUAUGAAUGCUCUGAUCGAGUGCUUUGUACAUUAAAUCUGAAGGGAGAUUAAUUCAAAUUAUUUAUGCACACCAGAGGAAAAGCCUGUGUACACAGUAUAUGUAUAUUGAAUAAAAUAUUCAUUGUAUAAAAAGAGUGUAAAUGUGUGUGAAGAAGAAAUGUAACUGUAUGUAAUAACUAUGUAAGUGUGUUUGUUGUAACAUCUAAUUGUGUUCAUGAUAUCAUUGAUAAACUGUGGUUGUACAAGUCAUUAUCAAGUUAUUUAAAAUUAAAAUAAAUUUUAUGAAUCUUU